CUCUCCUUGGGCCGAGGUGUGGGAAAAGAAUUGGAUAAAGAAAGGCUUUUAUUGAUUUGUAUACUUCUGUACUAUUGGAAAAUUGUACUGCAACAAAAAUGUAUUUGGGUAUUAUUUCUGCACUUUAAAGGACAACAUUUAAAAUGGAGCUAUGACAAAAGUGCAGGUUUCAGGUUUCUGUUUUUCUUACAACAGCAAGCUUCCUCUGGCCCAUUCCAGAUCUAGACUGCUUUGGUCUCAAAGCACAUGUUGCUCCCGUGUAUCCUGGCAGGCAGUGACAGGGUCACCACACUCCUGGCUCAGCCCAGUCCAAGCCUUGCAGUCCUUCCCCCAGAGCCCUUGAGAUGAAAACUAUCUGCCUGUGCUGCCUUAAGCCAGGUAGCAGGGAGGUGCCCUUUAGAACCUUUGAGAUCAAACAGUCACAGCACCGCGUACCCCAUUUGCAGGCCACAAGAAACUGCCCAGAAAGGAACCCUGAGCCUGGAGUACUCCGCUUCCCUCUUCUUUGCCUGCUAAAGUCCUUGUUGUUCCUCAAGACCCAGCUAAGAUACCACCUUCUCCAGGAAGUCUUCCUGAGUCUCUGGGGCUGGUGUAGACUUGGAACAAGCCUACCCUCUUCCUCCAGGACACCCAAUGCUGUCCACAUCCCUCUCUGCCUCCUCAGUGCCUGCGGUCCCUGGGCUCCAUCCAGGCGGGCUCCCUGGCCUGCCUCUGCAGCUGUCAGGGCUCAUGAAGGGAGACAAGUGUGAGGAGCAGGGGCCGGACCCCAAACCUUCGGCCCCCCAGCAGCCCACGGAGGAGGAGGAGGCCCUGAUUGAGUUCCACCGCUCCUACCGAGACCUCUUCCAGUUCUUCUGCAACAAUACGACCAUCCACGGCGCCAUCCGCCUGGUGUGCUCCCAGCACAACCGCAUGAAGACGGCCUUCUGGGCCGUGCUCUGGCUCUGCACCUUCGGCAUGAUGUACUGGCAGUUUGGCCUGCUGUUUGAAGAGUACUUCAGCUACCCCGUCAGCCUUAACAUCAACCUAAACUCUGACAAGCUUGUUUUCCCCGCCGUUACCGUCUGCACCCUCAAUCCCUACAGGUACACGCAAAUUAAAGGGGAGCUGGAGGAGCUGGACCGCAUCACGGAGCAGACGCUCUUCGACCUGUACAAAUACAACUCCUCCAGCACCCUCGUGGCCCAUCCCCGCGGCCGUCGCGAUCUCCGGGAGACCCUGUUGCACCCCCUGCAGCGCCUGCGGGACCCAGCACUGCCCGCGGCAGCCCGCAGAGCCCGCAGCGCGACCUCCAGCUUGCGGGACAACAACCCCCAAGUGAACUGGAAGGACUGGAAGAUCGGCUUCAAGCUGUGCAAUCAGAACAAAUCCGACUGCUUCUACCAGACAUACUCGUCAGGGGUGGAUGCAGUGAGGGAGUGGUACCGCUUCCAUUACAUCAACAUUCUGUCGCGGCUGCCGGAUACCUUUACAUCCCUGGAGGAAGACAAGCUGGGCAACUUCAUCUUCAACUGCCGCUUCAACCAGGUCUCCUGCAACCAGGCGAAUUACUCUCACUUCCACCACCCGAUGUAUGGGAAUUGCUACACUUUCAAUGGCGAGAACAACUCCAACCUCUGGAUGUCUUCUACCCCUGGGAUUGACAAUGGUCUGAGCCUGACACUGCGCACAGAGCAGAAUGACUUCAUCCCACUGCUGUCCACAGUGACUGGGGCCAGAGUAACUGUGCAUGGGCAGGACGAGCCUCCUUUUAUGGAUGAUGGUGGCUUUAACUUGCGCCCUGGUGUGGAGACCUCCAUCAGCAUGAGGAAGGAAGCCCUGGACAGACUUGGGGGCAACUAUGGUGACUGUACCAAUAAUGGCAGCGACAUCCCUGUCAAGAACCUUUACCCUUCCAAGUACACGCAGCAGGUGUGUAUUCACUCCUGCUUCCAGGAGAGCAUGGUCCAGGAGUGUGGCUGUGCCUACAUCUUCUACCCGCGGCCCAAGCAUGUGGAGUACUGUGACUACAGGAAGCACGAUUCCUGGGGUUACUGCUACUAUAAGCUCCAGGAUGCCUUCUCCUCAGAUCGCCUAGGCUGUUUCACCAAGUGCCGGAAGCCAUGCAGUGUGACCAGCUACCAGCUCUCUGCAGGUUACUCACGAUGGCCCUCAGUGAAAUCCCAGGACUGGGUCUUCCAGAUGCUAUCCCUACAGAACAAUUACACCAUCAAAAACAAGAGAAAUGGAGUCGCCAAACUCAACAUCUUCUUCAAGGAGCUGAAUUACAAAACCAAUUCUGAGUCACCCUCUGUCACAAUGGUCACGCUCCUGUCCAACCUGGGCAGCCAGUGGAGCCUGUGGUUCGGCUCCUCGGUGCUGUCUGUGGUGGAAAUGGCCGAGUUCAUCUUUGACCUCAUGGUCAUCACAUUCCUCAUGCUGCUCCGGAGGUUCCGAAGCCGAUACUGGUCCCCAGGCCGAGGGGGCAGAGGUGCCCAGGAAGUGGCCUCCACUCCAGCUUCCUCUCUCCCCUCCCGUUUCUGCCCCCAGCCCUCCUCUCCCACCUCAUCCCCUCCAAGCCCUGACGCUUCCCGGGCCUUGACUGCGCCUCCACCUGCCUAUGCCACCCUGGGCCCCUGCCCAGCUCCAUCCAGCUUGGCAAGUGCCAGCUCCUCUGCCUUCCCUCCAGAGGAGCCCUGAGAGGGGAGAUGAUUGUCAGCCCCCAAGGCAAGCAGCUUCCCCUGGUGGGCAGGAGCCAGCCUUGGUAGGAUUCAAGAAUGUUUGGGCUUUUUCUCAGAGCUGCCCAACUGCCUUGUGCGGGAGGGAAGCAGGUUGGAUAAGGCUAACGAAAUUGCCCAGAGAACAGGGAUCAAGGAAGCUACCUAGAAUUGUCCUGGCUCCUGCACGGUACCCCCUGGUCCUCCCUCUAGAACACUCUGGUUUCCCCUCCCAAGUGCAGACAAGUCUCCUUUUCCCUUGGAUGAGCCAAGUCAAACUUGGAUCUUUGACAGAGAACUUUCCCAGGAAACAACUGAUGACUAGAACAAAACAAACAAGGGCACACAAAGGCAUGCCCAGGUUUCCUGCACAAAGAUGACUGAAGCCAGCGCCAGAGUGGCCUGGCCACACUGCCUUGCAGUGACACAGACGGUUGCUCCCCUUCUUGAACUUGGGUGGGGAACCCCACCCAAAAGCCCCCUUGGUUAGUUCUUGGACAGUUUCCCUUCUCUGACUCCCCAGGGCAGGGGCUGGAGCAGACCACUGUAGUAAAGGCUUGGCUGUUACCAGUCGGGCCCAGGAGUCUUCCAGCCUCAUCUACGCCAUGCCCCCACAGAACCACACCCCAACACCUCUGCCCUGUGUCCUUCAUAACUCUAAAUAUUGGCUCAAACUAUCUCCUAAGCCUGGAAGCUUUCCGCACCAUCUGCUGGAGAACUCCUAUGCAUCCCUUAGUAACCUGCUCAGAUAUCGCUACUUCUGUGAAGGCUUCUGCCCCAUCUUGUCUUCCCGAGAAUUGAUCACUCCCCUCUCCCCUGGACUCCCAUAGCACACCAUAACAUCUAUUGGAAUGCUGAUUUUGCAUUUUACUUUCUUGUUCAUUUGUGUCUGCCUCCCCAACUAGACUGUGAGCUCCUUGUGGUCAGGGACCGGUGUUCAUUUAUGUAUCCUCAGGGCCUAACCCAGUGUUCCACUUGGAGCAAGUAGGCAGGUACUCAAUAAAUAUUUGCUGCAUAAAGAA